AUGCCUAUUGUCAAGGUCCACCCCCGCUCCGUCUACUACUCCCAGGGUAACCCGACGAUCGAGCUCUACGUCGUGACUGAGACCGGUCUGCACCGCGCCAUUGUCCCUUCUGGUGCUGCCAGCGGACAACACAAAGCCUGCGAGCUCUCUCUGUAUCCCGACAGAUCUUCCUACUCGCAGCAUUGCAUCCUCACAAUGCCUUCUACUCCUAAAGGUGAUGGAAAGACCCUCACGACUCCACGACAGGGAUCACCACCCCCCACGAUACAAUUCACGGCUAGAGUCCUGGCCCAGGUCAGAAAGGUGGACGGUAGGGACUUAUUUAAGACGGAGAUUCAACCUCUCCUUGAGUCAGCGAGCGAGAAGAAAAGAAACUUCUCACAACUGUCAGCCUCCAGCCAGCAGAUCUUUACAGAGUCAGCUAAAUGGUAUUCAAACGACGACAUCGAUAGAGACGAGCACUCGGAAAAUAUCCGCCUGGGCCUGAAAAAGCUGGUCACGGCGUAUCUAGAGUUGUUAAAGGCCGACUACGAGUCUGCAAGUCGGUAUAUGAAAUUGCUGAACGUCCUCCACUAUCGCGGAGUUCUCAACGUCUCGGAGGCGGAUGUCUCGCAGGUCGACGUCAAGAAUGAGAUCAACCGGUUUGACCGGAAGAUCCUAGAUCUACAACAGAAGAUAGUUAUUCUACAGGAAGAGUUCGGUAAUAUCGUCGGAUCCUGGAUGGAUGCGAAAGUGCGUCUCGAGCACGAAAAUACAGCCGACUGGGCGUAUAUUGACGGUCUUCUAACUCGAUCAAGGACUCCAUCUCGCGCGGCUCUAUCUCUUUUUAAGCCAAGAGACACUAACGAACAGCAACGAUUCAGAAUGGCAGCUAUCGAGGCCUACGGAGCCGAAUCCCCCAGCUCCAAUGGGACCUGGUGCUGUAUCACCGGCGAGUUUAUGUCGAGCUGGACUGUGGUGGCGGGGCAUAUUUUCCCGCAUACUAUUAGGGAGACCCAGGCCUCCUAUAUAUUUAGCGAGAAAACAAGUCCACCGGGACAUAUUAUGGCCCCGGGAAACGGCCUACUUAUGCAUCACGAUUUGGGAGUCGCUUUUAACGACGGUCUCUUCGCUAUUGUCCCCGGUCAGGGACCUGAUGAGUUGAAAGUCGUCGUCCUUGGAGAUCCACGCGACGAACCCCUACUGAAGAAGAUCGAUGGGAAGGUACUUCAAUUCCGGAACGAGUUCCGCCCAACGAAGCGGUACCUACACUUCACCUUCCUCGUGUCUCUGCUCCGCCUCCAAAGACACCAAGCUCCCGGGUGGUGGCGAACGAUUCUCGCCAACCACGAGAUCUUUGCGAGGGCGGGGGAUUAUCUCCGAGCCAGUGUUUUUAUGGCAAUAGCCAAACGCGUCGGCAAUAUGACGACCACAGAGGCUAUCGAGCUCAUGUACCGCGUUCGCCCGCAUGCUCAUCCCGUCAUGGAGGGCCCGAAGGAUCGAUUGGUCGCUGACUACAUUGCGGUGGCAAUAAGGUCGCGGAAUGAUAAAGAAGGGGGGAAGGAAGAAGAAGGGGAGGAGGGAGGAGAGGGGGAGGAGGAAGAAGAGGAAGGCUAUGGGAACGAGUAG